AUGUAUGUUAGACUGUUGAGGGUGUGCCAUAGUCCGAAAACGCUCUAUAAAUACAAGGAAGAUUACUUUCAAAUGAGAGAAUUUACUUUGAAACUUAAUAUCAUUGGACCGGUCAUUGUACAGGGACAGGUCGGAGUGCAAAGGGAACUGAUCUCUGGCCGAUUGUGCAGCUGUGCCAGAUUCGGGCCGUCCGUAUUUUCCUCUUCACGGAGCUCGGCACGUCAGCCAGGCUGCAUAAUUCGGUUCCUGAAGCUUGCUCAAGUUAUGCACAGCCGAAUUAUUCACCAUCCGAUGUGCCGAUAUGAACCUCCAGCAUUUCGACUUGCGAAUUCUUUGUUGCGCCCCCUUGGAUUUUCUUUCUUUGUUUCCUUGCCAGAUUCCUCCUUAGCUUCGACGGGCACCUGUUCUCUUCUUGUGCUUCUGUUCUCGGCGAUCUGUAUCGACUUUGACCUGAUCAACUGCCAUAUGGGAGGGCAAAAGAGCACCUCCGAUCUGGAGGUUUCCAAGACGCCACACUGGCGUCUCGUCAUCGACCAAGCUGUGGUGACUCCUGAGGUGCAGAACUUCCCCUACACCGGGUCGGGAACGUGUGAUGACCCCUAUGUUAUCACCUGGAUUCCUAAUGAUCCCCGCAAUCCAAUGCUCUUCUCGCCGGUGAAGAAGUGGAUGCUGACGGCUCUGGUUUCUGUUUCAACCCUUGCUGUCGCGUUUGUCUCCUCUGCAUACAGUGGUGGUGCAGCUCAGGUCAUGGAGCAAUUCCAUGUCGGUUCAGAAGUGGCCACACUCGGCGUCUCCUUGUUCGUUCUAGGCUUCGCGAUCGGACCGUUGAUAUGGGCGCCGCUUAGUGAGGUGUUCGGUCGCCAAAUCCUCUUCGUCGUCACCUAUGGCUGCCUAACAGCCUUCAACGCAGGUGCCGCUGGUUCUCAGAACAUCCAGACGCUCUUAAUCCUGAGAUUCUUUGCUGGUGCAUUUGGAUCUUCACCUCUGACCAAUGCAGGAGUCUCUGGCCCUUCUCAAGUCGCACUGGUUGAUCGUUUCGUCCUAGUUAUCGGAGGCUUUCUUGGCAUGAAUGAAGGCUGGAAAUGGGUAGAAGGUUUCCUGGCCAUUUUUUCCGGCGCUCUUUGGCUCGUUGGUGCUGCGUUACUGCCCGAAACGUAUGCUCCUGUUCUUCUACGCAAACGGGCCGAGAGACUAGCCAAGAUGACCGGAAAAGUAUAUCGGAGUAAGCUGGAUGCUGAUCGACCAAGAAGCUCCUUGAAGGAGAUGUUUGGCGCGGCGCUAUUGCGACCCUGGAUACUUCUCUUUCGUGAGCCGAUUGUGCUCAUACUAUCGAUAUAUAUGGCUAUAAUCUAUGGGACCCUCUAUAUGCUGUUCCCUGCAUUUCCCAUCGUCUUCCAAGAAGUACGAGGCUGGAAUCAAGGUAUUGGGGGUCUGGCAUUUCUUGGUGUCACAGUGGGCAUGAUGUUCGCUGUCGCUGCUGCUCUCUGGGAUAACAAGCGUUACAUCCGCGUUGUCCAGAAGCAUCAAGGGUUUGCUCCUCCAGAAUCUCGACUCCCUCUAUGCUUAGUUGGUGGCCUCGCACUUCCAGUUAGCCUGUUUUGGUUUGCAUGGACAAAUUAUCCAUCCAUCCACUGGAUUGUCAGCAUAAUUGCAACGGUUCCAUUCGGGUUUGGGGUGGUCACUGUCUUUUUGACUGUUGUCAACUAUCUGGUUGACUCUUACACGAUAUUUGCGGCUUCUGUCUUAGCGGCCAAUGCCGUUCUUCGUUCCCUGUUCGGCAUGGCAUUUCCACUUUUCACCACUUACAUGUAUCACAACCUUGGUAUCCACUGGGCUUCAACAAUUCCGGCUUUCCUCGCCCUGGCCUGCACUCCUUUUCCCUUUCUCUUUUAUAAAUAUGGAAGCGCUAUUCGGCUGAAGUGCAAAUUUGCCGCACUGUCGGAUGAUUUCAUGCGGAAACUGCGCGAAGCCCCUCAACAGCGGGCUGAGCAGACGGAUGAGAGCAUGGGAGACACAGAAGAUAUCAAUGAGAAGGCGACGCCGCCCGAGGCUAGCAAGGUGACAAGUGACCGGCGCCAGUCAAUGGCUUCCACGGUAUAUAAUGAGGAGAGCGCAUAA